CCUGCCUCUCCGCCGGGAGAACAAGUCCAGCGCGGAUAGCGAAAGUACAGCGCAACCUGCGAGCCGCUCCACAGAUAUUAACAUGACUCGACGGCCGAGAAACAGUGUUUACAGCAGUGAGGAGGAUGAGGACGAGACCGAGAUGUACGACCACGAUUAUGAUGGAUCGCUGGCCAAGGCAGGGAAACGGCACCUCGGCAAAACUCGCUGGACGCGAGAAGAGGAUGAGAAGUUAAAGAAACUCGUUGAGCUUCAUGGAUCAGAAGACUGGAAGCCUAUUGCAAGCUUACUAACUAAUCGUACAGAUGUGCAGUGCCAGCACAGGUGGCAGAAGGUUCUCAACCCAGAGCUCAUCAAAGGGCCGUGGACCAAAGAGGAGGACCAGAGGGUGAUCGAGCUGGUCCAGAAGUAUGGAGCCAAGCGCUGGUCGGUGAUCGCCAAGCACCUGAAGGGGCGUAUCGGCAAGCAGUGCCGCGAGCGCUGGCACAACCACCUGAACCCAGAGGUGAAGAAGACGUCGUGGACGGAGGAGGAGGACCGGAUUAUCUACCAGGCACACGAGAAGCUGGGCAACCGCUGGGCCGAAAUCGCUAAGCUGCUCCCCGGCAGGACCGACAACGCCAUAAAGAACCACUGGAACUCCACCAUGAGGCGGAAGGUGGAGCAGGAGGGCUAUCUGCAGAUCACGGCGAAGAACGCCAACUCCUCGCUCUCCAUCAGCCACGGCUACGUCAAGACCCACAAUCACAUCCUGGGUUUCCCCCACCACUCGCCCGGUCACGCGCAGCUGCCGCACAACUACGCCUACAUCUCCGACACACACAGAGUACCGUUCCCCAUGGCCUUGUCGUUGAACCUCCUUAACAUUCCCCAGCAUGGAACGGCUGCUAUACAGAGACACUAUAGUGAGGAGGACCCUGAGAAGGAGCAGAGGGUGAAAGAGAUCGAACUGCUGCUCAUGUCAACAGAAGAUGAGCUGAGAGGCCGGCCAUCACUACCGAUGAAUUUGUCCUUUCCCAGCUGGGCCAGCCAGAGCUCUUUGUCCAACAGCUCUGAGGGUGUGAUGUUGUUUCCUCAUCACCAGGCAGCCGCGCCGGCCCUGCCCCUGGACCAGAGCUGUCUACCCGAGGAGAGCGCCUCUGCAGCACGCGCCCACAGCAAUAACGGCAGCCACAAUCACAGCAACAGCAACAGCCAUCACAGCAGUCCGACGUUCUCAAAUACCAUGCCGGAGUUCAUGGAAUGCGUCAUUGAUUCAAGCCUCUCCUCAGUGGAUGAGGCCCCUACCAGGGAGCUCUUGGUCAGAAACCUUCCCUAUUCGCCCUCACAGUUUCUCAACCAGUCAAUGAGCCCAGAACACUCCGACAACGACAGUUUACCAAUGAGCUCACCCGUGGACUCAAAGCCUCUGAUCAACCACACUAUCAGGCACCAGAAACAGGAGGAAAUGUUCAGAAAUCCAAACAUUCGUCGCUCGAUCCUGGAGUCAUCCCCUUGUACACCCACGCCUUUCAGGUCAGCUCUGGCCAUGCAGGAGGCCAAGUACGGACCUGUUAAACUACUGAACUCUCUGGAGCAACAGAUGGUAAAAUCCAUCAAACAGGAGCCGAUGGAGUGUGCCAUUGAGCAGCCUCCUCUGAAGAAGAUAAAACAAGAGGUGGAGUCCCCAUGUGAGAGGAGCCCGUGUUUGCAGUGGGACGGACAAGACCUUCACACACAGCUCUUCUCCCCAAACGGCCCCGCACAGGAAGUACCUGACCUACUUUCUAGCUCAUUACUGAAUCAAGACGGACACAGAAACUACCACCUCCCUCGCAGAGGCAUGGGCAGCCCGCUACAGCAGCUCAGUUCCUGGGAGCAGGCGACCUGCGGGAAAACAGAGGAGCACGUCUUGGCCUCAGAGCAGAGCCAUAAGUACAUCAACACUUAUUCUACGAGGACGCUGGUCAUGUAGACAGAGACACACGUUGAACUGGAAAGAUCAACCAUCCCUGCGCUGGACGCAGCGCUGCGGGUUACAUAUUUGUUGUGGUACAACAGUUGGGAGAGGCUCUAUGCCAUUGGUGUUUUUACACUCACACUUGUUGGAUUUCAACCAACCAAAGACUAAAACAAGUUUUUUAUUUUUAUUUUUGAAAUGCAUCGAAUUUGCUCUGGGUUCUAUCGUACGUCCUACUACGUGUGGUCUUCGUCAUUAUGUUAUUAUCCAUGUUGUAUUAUAAAUGGGAAACGGUGGAUAUAUGAUUUGCGUUGGGCUGUAUUGUUAAUUCCGAAUUUUGAUAUUAAUAUAAAGAACAAGUUGAUUAAUUUAUUUCCUUUGUUUUCAUAAUGGUAAUGUUGUUGUUUUGUUUUUUUAAAUUGGCCAAUGGAUCAGUGUUGUAAGUUAAGUAUUUAAGCCCUGUUAGCAUUAUCAUAAAUCCAAAGGCAUAUUAAUGAAUUUAAAACUGACCUCUUUAUUUCAGUCAUGGAACUUUUCUGUUUCUUUAUUAUUUUUAUUUUUUAACAGGCUACAAUGUGUUUACUGUUUAUUUCAAGUGUUUGGUCCGUGCCCCCUCAUGUAAACACUUAACUACUGAACAAGAACAGCUGCGUCCGUUCUUACAUGGUGAUUCAACAAUGAAUGAUCGUAUUUUACACAACAGAAGGGGCCAGCCUUAUUAGUAUUACCUGACUAACACAUUGGCACCUUUAUUUCACAUAAAUUGAGUUUUCAUUUCAACUUUUUGAUUUAUUUCUCGCCAUCACAGUAACCUGUGUGGCAAAACUAUCAAUGAACAAAUAUUAUAUUUGUUAAGACUUUAAGUAUAUAUAUAUAUAUAUAUAUAUAAAUCUUAAAUGAGCUUAUAUACCCAGUAAGAGUAAGACCAAGCUGCACUUCAAUCUUAUAUUCUCCAUAAAAAGCGAGAGUACUAAACACUGAUAUUUUAUACAAUGUUACAAACAAAUCCCAACUGAAACUUUUGUAUGGUUUUUGUUUUCACACAUUUCUUUGUAUGUUUUUUUUGUAUUUUUGUAUCAUGCUUGAUCAACCAGCAUUUUGUUCUCUUACUAAUACUGCAGUAGCCCACGUCAAACACUUAGCAGACAAUCUUUUUAUACGCCUUGUUUUUAUACUAGCUUUUGAGCAAAAAAAUGAUUUUAUAAAAGCAUUUAUACACGCCAAGUUUUCAUGUUUUUAUACUUUUCUAUACUGCCUAGUAAAUAAAGUGUGUUGUUUUUAUUACAGCCUUGCAUUCCGUGUCAUUUUGGGGAAAAUUAUUUUAAAGAAAACAACUCAAUAAGAGGUAACAGUGAGAGCAAUUGAAAAACGGUUCCUCUGAACAUCUCCAUAUAUUUGAAGUGUAGAUAUGCUUUUACCAGUCAAUACUUACAAGUACACUUAGCCUGUAGUUGUAAACUGGACUGUGAAGGCACACUGUUGUCUAGACUAGUUCUUUAAAGUGAAUCACCAAUUUGCUCUCUGGUGUUUAUGCAAAUUUGUGUGAGGGCUUUUGUAACCGAAUACUCUGACCUAAUCUCUCUCACACACUCUCACUCACUCACUCACACACACACACACACACACACACACGCACACUCCUGUGGAAACAAAGGUCCGCUGUC